AUGAGACUGGAUAAAUCGGGAAGUUACCACAAAGGUGUAUCGCAGUAUCUCAAAGCUGCAUUUGAAAUAGCUUUUAUGAUAGCAAAGCAAAAUAAACCUCAUACUAUCGGUGAAGAAUUAAUAAAACCAUGUGUCAAGCAUAGAAUCGAUGAGAUUGCAGCAGACAUAAAGUCACAAAUAAUUAACAAAGUAAAAUUAUCGCCAUUUUUUGCCUUUAGUUGCGAUGAAUCCACCGACAUCGUUAAUUGUGCACAGUUAAUAGUUUAUGUUCGUUAUAUCGGCGGAGAUAUCAUUCAAGAAGAGAUUUUGUACUCCCAAUCUUUGACAGCAGGUAGUACAUCUGAAGAUAUAUUUAAUUCGAUAUCAAAUUUUGUUGAAAAAAAUGAUUUGGAUUGGAAGAAACUCAUUGGACUUUGCACAGAUGGCGCACCUGCAAUGAUCGGUGUACGAACGGGCUUAGCUAAAAAGCUCAACGAAAAAAAUCCCGCAAUGGUUACUUUGACUUCCAAAACAUUGCCACAGAAAUUACGCCAGACUUUGGACUCGGCUAUAAGGAUUGUAAACUACAUCAAGAGCAGCGCUUUGAACAGUCGGUUAUUUACUUUACUUUGCGAGGAUCUCGAUUCUGAUCACAAAGUUCUUCUGUUCCAUACAGACGUACUCUGA